CUUGAGUUAAAACCAAAAACUAAAUGAUACCACGAACAAAAAUCAUGUAGUUUCUUUCAGAAUUGAAGCAAUAAGCAAUGGCUCAAUUGCUACUCAGCUAUCCUACUUCAGGCUCCGCCACUCUGACUCUGAGGAGUGCAAAUUAUUUGAGGAGCAGAGGCGCUUUUGAGAAACCAGAAACCUGCUGGGGGAGAAGUCUUCAUGUAGUCCAAUGUUGCAGUACAACAAGCACUUCUGGUUCAUCAAAUAAGCAUGUGGAAUUACUAGGCAGAGUUGAGAAUGAUAGAGCAGAUGGGGGUAAAGGCAGUGAAAAUGGUGAACAGUUUGAGUAUUUGGUGAGUGAGUUUGGUUGGAAAGCAAGAAGGUUAGCUAAUGAAGACGAUGAGAUGAGGAAAGUUGCUGCAAUUCAAGCUGAAGCUUUUCAUACCCCUCUUCUUUUCUUUGAUGAUCUUUUCUUUGAAUUCUUCAAGGCAGAAGUGCUUUCUGGGCUUUUUUACAAACUCAGGAACUCGCCUCCAAACAGGUAUGCAUGUUUGGUAGCUGAACCUAACAAUGAAGCCAUAAAAUCAAAAGGCAGACUUGUUGGAGUAGUGGAUGUGACAGUGCUAAGAGAUGAAGCUGUUCUUCAACAUCUCCAUGGAGCUGCUGAAGAAUACCUAUACGUAUCUGGCCUGGCUGUUUCCAAAAAUUUCAGAAGAAAGAAAAUAGGCAGUGUGUUAUUGAAAGCAUGUGACAUGCUUGCUGUCAUAUGGGGCUUUGAAUUUCUUGCCCUGAGAGCUUAUGAAGAAGAUUAUGGUGCUCGUAAACUGUAUUCAAAAGCUGGUUACGAAGUGGUUUCAGGUGAUCUGCCAUGGAUGUCGACUUGGAUUGGAAGAAAGCGCCGUGUUCUUAUGAUUAAACGUGUUAAUUGAUUCACAAUUAUUCCUUCACAUUGUUCGUAGUCAUAUCAGCAACAAAAUCAAAGCCAGGAAGUUAAUGUUCAAAUAUGUUAAUCCAUAGCUUUCUGCUAUUUUUUGAGAUUUCUUAUCAAAUUCUAAUAUGACAAUUGGAAGAUUGUGAAUAUGAUUUAUGAUGAACCAUAUGUUACAAAA